GUGUUAAAUUUUGUGUUUGGUUCAAUUUUUACGAGGAGAGUGGAGCAAAUUUCCUCCUAAACGAAGAAGCUAUGAACAUAAAAUUGGAUUCAAGAGAAGAAGAAAGUUGCAAAAAAUUGUUAAAAAAAAAAAUCAAAUGAAAGAAAUAUCUGAAAAUAAUUAUAAUAUCCGAGGAAAUGAGUAGUUGGGAAAGUUUUGCAAUUGAAAUGCCCCUCGCAAAAAUGAAAAUGCCCCUCGGAACUGUGAAAAACUCGUCGGAAAAAUUUAGGUUUAGCCUUUAUAAAUUCAGCCCCAACACUAUUUUUCCUUCCUCUCUCUCAUUUUUCACUCCCCUUCUUCCAGUUGCCGUCAUUCACUGAUAAACAUGUCAUCAGGAGGAACUAACCCACCCAAUGAUAUGGGGAAGAAGGAUGUUGCAUCCACUACUACUGGACGUACUCGCAAGUAUACUCGCAAGUGGCGCACUCAUCUGGCUCCUCAACAUGUUUUAGACCAGCUUAUGCCUAUGCCGCCGACUAAAGAUACACAGACUGGGAAAGAUGUUGCAUCCACUACUACUAGGCCUACUCGCCAGGAAAUUCGAGUAGACAAGUCUAUACCUAUGCCGACGGCUGCACAUAUACAGACUCCAUCUCCUCAUACAUAUGCUCCGCCUCCACCUACGCAUACUUCAUCACCUGUGUAUCCACAACAUGCCUAUGCACCACCAAAACAUACACCAUCGGGAUACACACUACCACCUAUUUAUCCACCACCAAUAUAUCCACAUCAUGCAUAUGCUCCAUCGGCGAAUACACCACCUACAAAUCCGUUGUCGGGUGGACCUUCACACAUACGGCCACCCAGUGGUAAGGGGAAGGGUGUCGGAUCCACUACCACUAGUCAUUCUCUCAAGGUAACUUGUGUAGUUUCUAGUUCUCCAGACCAAUGUAUACCUGUGCCGACGACUGCACAUACACAGAUUCCAUCUUCUCAUACAUAUGCUCCGCCUCCACCUACCCAUACUUCAUCAGCUGUGUAUCAACAAAAUGCAUAUGCACCACCGAAACUUACACCAUCGGGAUACACGCUACCACCUACAUAUUCACAUCAUGCAUACGCUCCAUCGGUGAAUCCACCACCUACAAAUCCAUUGUCGGGUGGACCUUUACACAAGCGGCCACCCAGUGGUAAGGGGAAGAGUGUCGGAUCCACUACCGCUAGUCAUUCUCACAAGGUAACUCCUGUAGUUUCUAGUUCUCCAGACCAAUUUAUACCUGUGCCGAUGACUGCGCAUACACAGAUUCCAUCUCCUCAUACCUAUGUUCCACCUCCACCUACCAGUUCUCAAUCUCCAUCUACCCAAUUUCCAUUACAUGUAUAUCCAGUAAAUGCAUAUGCACCACCGGCAUAUACACCAUCGACAUACGCACUGCCAACAUAUUCACUAUCAAGCGAACCUUCAAAGAAGCGUCCACCUAGUGAUAAGGGGGAGGAUAUCGCAUCCACUACUAACGGUCGUUCUCGCAAGGUAACUCGAGUAGUUUCUGGUUCUCCUUUAGACCAGUUUAUACCUAUGCCGAUGACUGCACAUACACGGACUCCAUCUUCUCAUACCUAUACUCUGCCUCCACCUACCCGUUCUCAGUCUCCGUCUACCCAAUUUCCAUUACCUGUAUAUCCACCGCAUGCAUAUGCACCACCGGCGUAUACACCGCCGACAUAUCCACUAUCAAGUGGACCUUCAGACAAGGUACCACAAUUUAGUUCCAUGCCCAACCCAGGAUUUCAAGGAACACAAGGAACUCCAUUAAAGUCUAGUUAUCCUAAGCCAUCGCAGCCUCCGCCUUAUCAGGCUGGUCAAGAUGGCAUUCAUAAUGAUGUGGAGCCGGAGGCUGAGGGGGUUGACAUGUUUGAUAUUGUAAGACAGAUUAUUCAAACUUCCACAAAAAGGCUUUUGCCUUCAAAGCCGAAGACGAAGAGCAUUUCAGAAAAUAUGCAAUCCCAUUAUAAAAAGCCACAGACAAAAUGUAGGGAUGGCAACUUAAAUGAUGACGAUAGGGCAAAAAUUCUCAAGGCUUUUAGUGAGAAGUGUACAUGGCAUGACAAGCAGAGUGAUCAUAUUCAGAAUAACUUUCAUGUGAGAGCCUCGCGUGACUUGUCUGAUAUGUUGAGGGAAGUUCGUCUUAAGGGUCAGUGCCCACAUUGGAUAGGCGAGACUGUAUGGCAAAGUUUAUUGGAGCAUUGGAGUUCCGCUAGUUCUCAGUCGACCUAUGCCAAAGAAAAGAGAAACAUGGCAUCAAAGAAAGGUGAAAGCCUACAGAAAAGAGGUUCCAUCAACACAACGCAACACGUAACUCGAAUGACUAAGAAGUCCAAGAGGAGUUCAAACUUGAACGGGCUUCAUAAGGAUACUCAGAUCAUGAAGGAAACUGGUGAUUAUGUAGAUGACCAUUCUAGAAAGAAUCAGGAGAAGUGUGAGGCGAGGAAGUUUCAGACUAGAUCUCAAAAUAAUUCAACUUCUCCAUCUAUGCAUUGUAAUCCUGCUAAGGAUGUUGUUGCCCCCCUUUCCACUUGUUCGGGUGUAGUUGGAGAUAAGAAAAGGAGUCGCUUAUAUGAUGAUGGAACCAUUUCCGUUAACCACAAGAAAGGUGCCACGAGCCUUAAUAUUCCUCUGGAUAAUGCAAGAGCAUCAUUAGCCAGUAGUGGUAGGGAGUUGGCACCUAAUUUGGUUGAGGUGCUACAGAGAAUAGUGACUUCUAGUGAAAAUCCUGUUCGUAAACUAAGGAAACUAAAAGAGAUUAUGAAUUCGCAGGGGGAAUUGCUGAAGAAACAGACAGAGGGGCUAGAAGAGCUAAAAAAACGUCUGCAAGAAAUGAAAGAGGAGCGAGAAGCAUUUGAAGAACGUGUGCGAAAAUUAUUCGAGCAAGAGCAUGGGCGUCGCCGCCGCCCCCAACCUUCGGAUCAUGACUCUACUUUGGGGGGAAAUCAAGAUGUUGAUGUUGGUGCCCGUGAUGAAUGAUCAUGCUUCUAGACAUUAUUAGUCUGUCUUGUUUAUGUUUUUUUGGCACAAUUUGUUUAUGUUCAUUUUGUUUCGACUUUUAUCAUGUAUGAACCCCCUUCCAUCUGAAAAAUGAUGGCAUAAACAGAUUGCAGUAACAAAAUACAGAUGCCAAAAUUAUAUCAAACCUGAAAUGGGGGAAGAGGAUCUUCCAUUAAAAUGUUCA